ACCGUUGGAGCUCUGCGGGAUUACAGAGAGGCUCAGAACGCCAAGGGAAGUAAGUGCACCAAGCCAGUUAAAACUCUGAAGGAGAAGUGCCAAAGGGACACAAAGGCAGGCCCCAAAAGAAAGUUAGAGCCGUGAGUUCUCUUCAUUUUCAGGUUCACCCAUCUGUUGGAAAUGAUGUUCCCCUUGUUCUUGCCAAUUCUCCUGGGUCUCCCAUGGGUGGAUACUACUAUCAACAAUACCAGUGGGUUUGACAACAGUACUAGUGGCUUGGACAAUGCCUUCGAGCGUAGAUCUAAAUGGAGUCCUACGAUGAGAUGCCAUUCGUGCCAAAACACUAACAGCUUCUCAUGUCCAACAAUCAAUGACUGUCACAGGGAUAAGAGACGCUGUUUGACAGUCGCACUACGUGUGAACCUUCGGAAGCUCUUUGUCUACAAGACCUGCACAACUGACUGCACCUUUGUGUAUAGACAACAUGUGCCCGGAGAACUCCCUAGGAUGCUUAAAAAUGUCAAGAAUUUCUACUUUGUCUUGUGCUGUGGCAGUGUGGUUUGCAAUGAAGGAGGACCCAGUAAUAUAGAGAGGGACUUGUUAACUGAAACAUCGAUCGAGGAAGAGGAAAUUGCCAGAGCUGUGGGUCUGGGGAGAGUCAACCUUCUCCUGUGUCUUACCUUAAUCCUCUCCAGCAGCAUACUGACCUGAGAACCCCUCUUUGGGGUGUACUCAUCUUCCCACAGUUGAAAGCAACUUUGUACUUGGUUGCUUCCUUGUGAAUCAGAGACAGUGUCCAGGGCAUCCUUUGGGCCUGUUCAUCAUUUCUUGUAGGAAAGAAAUAAAGGCAUUGUUUGUUGAAAAUGA